AUGGCUGGGAGCCACCAGAAUAUUCAGAUUGUUAACGAGGCGGAGUGCGGGAAGUGCCGAAACGUCUGGGCAACAUGCUGCAACAGCUCUCCAUAUCGACAGGGAAACGGCGACCAUUUUGGUCGCUGGAGAGCAACCAGCUCUGUUUUCUCAACGAAGAAGAUGGAGCUCGGUUUGAAGGUGAAUCAGGCCACCGCCAAGCUAGAACCCUUUUUGAUUGCCCAAAAUAAAGUGGCACGGAAGCCCGCCACCGAGACGAACAACGCUGCAUGCCUUUCCCUGCCGAGGAGUUUAAGAAAGCGAGCAAUUAAGGUCAAUCCACCUCGACCUCGACCUCCCAUCUUCGUUGGUCUACCGUUGGACGUUGUCUCCGAUUUGAACAUCGUGAAUCACGACAAGGCAAUCGAAGCUGGCCUUUGCGCCCUCUCCCUCCUUGGCGUCCAUGGGGUAGACCUCCCCAUCUCAUGGGGCAUCGCCACCGACAAUGGUUGGUCCUCCUACCUUGCCAUUGCUGCCAUGGCCCGAGACGCCGGACUCCGCCUCCGCGUUUCUCUCAACCUCCAUGGCCACGAGCACCCUAACCUCCCGCUGCCAAAAUAUGUUUCUCGCGCAGCUCACAGUGACCCAGACAUCUUCUUUACUGAUUUAUCGAGCAACCGCUACCAUGAUUGCCUCUCCUUCUCCGUUGAUGACCUUCCUGUCCUCGGCGGUAGGACUCCGAUGGAAGUCUAUGAGGAGUUCUUUCAUAACUUCCGCCACGCAUUCUCCGAUUUCUUUGAUUCCACAAUUACGGACAUAACUGUUGGCCUUGGACCCAAUGGCGAACUUCGAUACCCUUCUUUCCCGCCACCGAGCAACAACCGACCAAUCAUUGGUGUAGGAGAGUUCCAAUGUUACGAUAAGUACAUGCUGGCAGACCUAAAGCGGCAUGCCGAGGAUGUAUGCCAACCCUUUUGGGGCCUCGGAGGCCCUCAUGACGCGCCCCGGUACAAUGCAUCGCCUAACUUAGGCAACAAUUUCUUCAAGGAGAGGAAUGGAUCCUGGGAGACUCCCUAUGGCCAAUUCUUCCUUUCAUGGUACUCCGGGAUACUCCUUUCUCAUGGUGAUCGCUUGCUCUCAGUCGCAUCAAAUGCCCUUGGCGAUUUGCCUACACCCAUGUGUGCCAAGGUGCCUUUUGUUCACUGGUGGCACAACACCCGAUCGCGUCCAUCUCAAUUGACCGCUGGACUCUACAACACUCACGGCAGAGACGGCUACGAGAGCAUCGCAUCCAUUUUUGCAAAACAUUCUUGCAAAAUGAUCAUUCCGGGUAUUGAACUCUCAGAUCGAGACCAACAUCAAGAACUCCAGUCUAGCCCGGAGUCGUUGUUUUCUCAGAUAGUAACGGCAUGCAAGAAGCAUGGAGUGAGAGUUGUUGGCGAGAACUCUUCUCUCAUCAGAGUUGGUGGUAAUGGAUUUAAUAGGAUUAAGAAGAAUUUAUUCGACAACAAUAUGAGACUAGACUCGUUAACUUACCAUAGGAUGGGCGUAGAGUUAUUCUGUCCAGAGAAUUGGCCCUUGUUUACAGAGUUCGUUAGGAGCAUGGUGCAACCAAAAUGGGACUCAGAUGAUAAACCAAACAACGAAGAAGCAUUCUCAAUCAUUGCUUCAGAGCUUGGGAAUGACCAAGAGAUGCAGAGAGUAUGA